AUGUAUUCUCGCAACCAGGUUCUAGCAGCUCUUGCCACCGUCGGCAUCACAUCGGUGAACGCCGCCAUGGGUCCCGCACUUAGUACUGGCCCUGUUGCGUCCAACUCGUUCAUCCGCGAAGCUACUUCGACCCUUAUCCUGCCAAAAGGACCCAGCGGAGGAUCUACGGACGCCAUCACCUCCCUAUGGGUGGGUAUGGGCACCUCGAACGGUGACUUGAUCCAGUCCAUUGCCGACAAUUGGCAACAGAGUGACUGGACGAUGUAUGCCUACACGCUCAUGAAGACCAGCGACACCUCACAGAUGCCAAUUUAUGGUGAUGGCCAGGAGAAUGCUGGCGAGGGGGACAAGGUGACGAUGCACUACAAAUUCGACGAUGCCAGUGGAAACUACACACAGACCGUCCAGAUCAACGGCGAGACUGUCUCGACGCUCUCCACGAGUGAUGGGCAGGCUCAGGGCUGGGGCAGCUCUGUUGAGUGUGCCGAGAACAACUGUGGCACCGUUGGCGCUCACUCCUGGACCGACACCAAGAUCAUUCUUGACGUUGCCGAUGCCAACUACAUCAACACUCUCGCAAAGGGAGAGGGAGUCACUGGAGGAGAUAUGACUACUAGUGACGGUGGCAAGACCUGGACUAUCAGCACCUUUGGCAUUCCAGACCACACUUUCUCUGACUAA